AUGCAAGGAGCCCAAGGGGAGGAGCAGUUUGGAGUGGGCAUCUACUUCGCAGAAGACGUUGAUGGUGGGCAAGUCUUCGUCCAGUCCCUCGUUCCUGAGGGAUCAGCAGCCAUGGCAAGAACUAUCCAGGAGAGCGACAUCCUGGUCAAGAUCAACCACCAGCCGACGCUGCACAUUGGGCUUGCAAGGCUAAGGGAGGGCACGAGCGGGAAACUUUUCUAUGAAGUGGACUUGGUGAGAGGGUCAGCAGGAUACGUGAAGCUGUUGAUGAGAUGUCAUUCCCUCGCCACAGAGAACGACAGAAUGAGGAAAAUCGUGUCAAUGCAAGAGAUUAAGAUUGAGGGGCUGGUUGCUGAGAAAGAAGAGCUCAUGAAGGGCAACAGAGGUUUGAACCAGGACGAGAGGCAGAAGAUGGAAAAGGAGAAUCUGCAGAGCAGAGCAGAGGUGGAGAAGCUCGCAGGUCUGUUGGAGAAUUGGAAAGAGAAAGCAUCCAAACUUGAGAAGAUGUUGGCCAUCUCUCAAGAUAACAUGAAGAGCCGGGAAGAACACGUCAAUCGGAUUGAAGAGCUUGAUAGAGACAGGCUGGCGUACGUGAGCGAGCUAGAACGAAGAUUCCAGGAGGACAAGCAGCUUCAAAGGACCAUUCAAGCCAAAUUACAGGAGGACCUGAGGAAAGAGGCGCUGGCAAGAUCGACAGCAGAGAAGAAUUUAAUGAGGGUCCUUGCUCAGCUCCAGGAGACCAAGCAGGAGCUGACCAUCCUGAAGAUGCGCGAAGACAAUGUGAGGUCAAGGCUCGAGACUGGGCAUCAGGAGCUGAAGAGAGCACUCAAGUUCAACGAGGAGGUUGGGCUGGAGUUGGCGACAUUGAUGGGGAAGAUGGAAGAUUCGCACGACUACGUCAUCCACGAACUCCUGAGAAAGACCGUGCCUGUCCACCCGUUUCAAAGCUCAUCGACCUCCGAAGAUGUAGCAAGAAACCCAACCCCGCUUCAAGGGCUGUGA